GGGUGACAUCACAUCCUCCGAACGCGAAGUCGGGCUAGGCGGCCGGCCCAAGGGCGCAGCUUCCCGCCCGGCGCCCCGCAGCUCCCGCACGCAGCCGCCGGCGGCCGGGCUCCGAGCCGCGCCGCGGGGGGCACGCCAUGGCCUCGCGGGCGACUGCCCUGCUCCUGCCGCUGGCCCUGCUGCUCCACCCCGCCGCGACCCGCGCGCUGAGCCAGUUCCGGAUGUCCCCGCCCGAGGUGCGCAAGCCUCUGGGCGCGAAGGUGGAGCUGCGCUGCGAGGUGCUGCUGAGGAACCCGGCGUCGGGCUGCACGUGGCUCUACCAGGACCCGGGAGCCAAGGCCAGCCCGGUCUUCCUGAUGUACCUCUCCAAAAGCCGGACCAAGACGGCCGACGGGCUGGACAGCAGCCUGAUCUCCGGCGAGAGGAUCGGGGACACGCUCUUCAGCCUCACCCUGCACCGCUUCCGCGAGAAGGACCAAGGCUACUAUUUCUGCUUGGUCUUGAGCAACUCGAUACUGUACUUCAGCCCCUUCGUGCCGGUCUUCUUGCCAGCGAAACCCACCACCGCGCCGGCGCCACGAUCAUCCACGCCCGAGGCCACCAGCGCGUCGCAGCCCGUGUCCCUGCGUCCUGAGAGGUGCCGGCCCGCGGGGGGCAGCGCAGUGGCCGAGAAGGGGCUGGACUUCACCUGUGACAUCUACAUCUGGGCGCCCCUGGCUGGGACCUGCGCGGUCCUUCUCCUGUCAUUGGUCAUCACCGUCAUCUGCAACCACAAGAACCGAAGACGUGUUUGCAAAUGUCCCAGGCCCCUGGUCAGACCGGAAGGCAAGCCCAACCCCUCAGAAAGAUACAUCUAACUUGCUGAUGGGCCCUGUGCAACAGCCACUACAAGACUUCAAACUGAGAACUCUCCUUACAAGGAGAGCAACAGACUUUCCCUUUCAGUUUUGCCAGAACAUUCUAUAUUCAUUCUCAUUAUUAUCAUUUUCAUAGGGGUGGGAUGGGAAGGGUUACUUUAUGUGUUGACUUUACUUGACAUCAAAAAAGCCUAUAUAAUGCACCACAAGGCUUGCAAUACUAUUGUUCACACAUAUUGGGGUCAAGGAGUGGAAAGGCCAGAGAUACCACGAGCUAUGUUCUCAGAAGCAGGUUACUAGAGCUGCCAGGGCCUCAGCACCCACUCCAUCCAAACCUCUUUUCCACCAGUUUUGCAAAAGAAGAACAGUCCUGAUGGGGAGUAGCUCUGUCAGGGUCACCACCAGGCUCUGGGCUCUUCCUGCACACCAUUCAGGCCUUUCUUCAGGAGGCUUCUUUCUUGGCAGGAGUGUUGUCUCAAACCACAAGGGAACAAGUUAUUUCUUGGGCACCUGUGGUAGACCCAUUACUGAGCCAGAGCCCUGAAGACAGAACCAAUGCUCACAGAGUUCUAUGUUGAAAGGUAUCAGACUUUUCUGUAGUCAGGCAUGAAACUGUAUAGACAGUAGGGAUUCCUCAAAGUGGAAAGGGUGAACCGAAUUCUGGAAAAUGAGUAACUCCAUCCCGGAAGAAAAUGACUGAGAAACCCCAGAGUGGGGGCAGAAUUGCUCUCCCAGCCCUUGCUUCGCAGGAGGACCCAUGAAAGAGAGGCCACCCCCUUACAAACAUGGCCUGAGCAUCAAUGGAGCUGAACUUGAGAUACCGUAUUUCAACAUGUUCAUGGGAUCGCUGGCGACUCUCUACAGUUUGUGAAGACAGAACUGUCGUCGAGCAGCCAGCACAGUCCCCAGGUUCCCCUCAACCAGCAGAGGUGGGGUGUGACAGAAGAGACUCUGAUGAGAAAGAAGCCUAAGACUCAAAACUGCUGCUCUGCACACGCAUUUCCUCUCUUAAGGUGUUACACAAGAAAUUUGUGCUCGUUGGAAGAAAAAACUUAGGUAAGGAAGUAAGAAUCAUCUAUAGUUCUUUACCUCGGGUAUAAUCCAUUGUUGAUAUGGUAUAUGUCCUUCCUGAUUAUUUUCUAUGCAUAUAUAUAUAUGUAAUACAUACUUUGAUUUUUAAAAAAUGGGAUCGCAUAUGCUUUUAUAAGUGGCCAUACUGAACAAACAUUCAUGGCUUACUUUUUAAUGACAAAACAGCAUUCCAUUUUGGGUUGCGCCUUCAGUUAUUUAGCUAAAGCCUUGGUUUCCAAUUUUUCACCACCUAACACCGCUAAAACUUAGCACACAUCUGUGUUGCUUUAGAUUAAGUACCUAAAGUAAAAUACUGGUUGGUCCCCAUUUUCUCUUUGGAUCCUCCGUUUUCCUAUCAGUCAAAACAGAACAGCCUCUUCUUGUGUCACCUUCCUUUGUUCUUUCUUGGUAACAGAUGAGUGGAUGCUCCUCUCCUAAUAAAUCACAAAAUCUUCAUUCUUGUUGUCAAGAGUAACACACGCACACGCACACACACAAUACACAGAUCACAAGUGUGCUGCUCCAAGACACCAUUAAGUGAACCCACAGCACCGGGUUAAAAAUAGAACUUUCCCUGCCCUCCAGAAACUGCCUUCAGCAACUUGAAUUUUUAAAAUCAAGAUACUUUAGAGAACAGAAAGCAAGAAAGAAAAAGUGUGAGAAAACAGAAGUGAAAGCUGAGGAAUGUCUUCAGAGACAAAGUCUGGCUCUUGACCCCUCCUCCCUGAACUUAGCCAGCUGACCAGAACUAGGGA